AUGGGGAGCACCAGGAAGGUGGCCAACUUGUGGAACAGAAGACAGAGUCUCUUCCCCAACUACAAAGUCACAGAUUCGGAAAUCAAUCGAAGACCCUCAGAGAUUGCAUAUCCACUAGCCAAAGAAAGCUGCGUGAAGACAUGGAACUCCAUGCAGGAGCUGAGCAGGGACAUCUACGACAUUUAUGCGGAGUAUGAAGACGACGAUGAUGACAACAAUUCUCCGCACAGCUUCUCAAAGCAGAUUUCACCCUCUAAGAAGAACUACAUGAUCAACAUCAAUGUAGGGGGGAAGCCCUACCAGAUAGCCUACAAGAUGGCUGCCAAGUACCCCAAGACCAGAAUAGGACGACUGGCCACCUACACCGACCACAACAUGAAGCUGGACCUGUGUGAUGACUACACCGUGACUAACAACGAGUACUUCUUUGACAGAGACCCAGAUGUCUUCCACAGCAUCUUCAACUUCUACAGGACUGGUGUGCUGUGGAUCAAGGACGAGUUGUGUCCCCGUAACUUCCUAGAGGAGAUCAACUACUGGGGUGUGCGGAUCAAAAACACCCACCGCUGUUGCCGCAUCUCCUUCGAGGAAAGGCAGGACGAGUUGAAUGAUCAGCUGAAGAUCCAGAGGGAGCUGGAGGCAGAGGUAGAGAUUGAGGAGAAUGAGGAACUGUUUCAUGACAUGUUCAUGGGCCAGCAGCGAAGAGCUAUCUGGAACUUGAUGGAGAAGCCGUUCUCGUCCAUUAAGGCCAAGCUCAUGGCGGUGGCCUCCAGCCUGUUUGUCCUGAUCUCCCUGGUAGCUAUGACUCUAAACACGGUUCAGGAGAUGCAGUACAGAACUGCCACAGGUCAGCUCAGUGGUAAGACAUACUGGGAAUAUGUGGAGUCCAUGUGCAUCGCCUUCUUCACCAUGGAGUACUUGCUCCGUCUGGUGUCCACUCCUGACCUCAAGUCUUUCAGCAGGAGCGUGCUCAAUACCGUGGACCUGAUCGCCAUCCUGCCUCAGUAUUUGCAGGCCAUCCUGGAGUUCUUUGACAAUGAGGAAAACUACAUGAAGCAUGAGGCCGACAUGCAGGCGGUGGGGCAGGUGGGAAAGUUGGGCCAAGUGUUGCGCAUCAUGAGACUGAUGCGGAUCUUCCGUAUCUUGAAGCUGGCACGACAUUCCACAGGACUGCGGGCGUUUGGAUUCACUCUGCGUCAGUGCUACCAGCAAGUGGGCUGCCUCUUCCUCUUCAUCGCCAUGGGCAUCUUCAGCUUCUCCGCCAUGGUUUACACUGUGGAGCAUGACAUGCCUCAAACAAACUUCACCAGCAUUCCUCAUGCCUGGUGGUGGGCAGCUGUCAGCAUCUCCACUGUGGGCUACGGAGACGUCUACCCAGAGACUAUACUGGGUCGUAUCUUUGCUUUCAUCUGCAUCUCUUUUGGGAUCAUCCUCAACGGUCUGCCCAUAUCCAUCCUCUUCAAUAAGUUCUCAGACUAUUACUCUAAGCUCAAGUCCAAUCAGUACACAGCCGCCCUGAAGAAUCGAGGGAGGGUGAGAUUUACCAAGAGGUCAUUGAAAAGGUUGAACCGCUGCUUUGAAAGUCGCCAUUGA